AUUGGAACUAGAUUGUUUUACAUUUACACAGGUUACUGGUGAUCAAGCUAAACAUUUGGAAGAGCCUCCAGAAUCAAAUCCAUCCCAAAAUGCGACGUUAAACCCAGACGAUCAGGAUCAAGGUUCCAAAAAGAAAACCAAAAAAAGGAAGAUGGUGGCAUUUGGUUUAUCACCUGUUGACAUUCGUAUUAAACGUCCUAAAUUUGCCUGGUUGUCCAAAGACAUGAAAGCUGUGACGGAGGGUGAGAGCUGUUCCCAGGUCUCAGUGACAGAGCACAACCAGACUGAACCUCAUGAUAACCACUCUCAGUGUACCAGUGAUGAAAUCAACAGCCAAGAUCUGUUCAUCACCCAAAAAACAUUCAGAGCAUCGCCUGUCGAACCUUCCAGCAGCGAAGCCAGCGACGGACCUACAGCUGCAUCUCCUCAAGUGUUCAAACAGCGAGACAAAGGCCGGCACACAGCUGAGAGGGAGAUAAAACACAAACAUCCACAAAACUCAUAUUCCCAUCAGCUGUGCGGAGCAUCACAAAAGUUUGUGCGAGAGCUGAAAACGGUAGGUAAAGCCAAAGAAGAUAAGAAAAUUCAUGAACAACCUCAGCUGGAAAAAACAUCCUUUCAGACACCAACGAAGGUUAAAGCAAACCUGGCUGAAGGGAAAAAAACAUCUUUAAGUUUACGACCCAAAGUGGUGAAUCCUUUCUUGGAUGAGCCAAUUAUUAUAAACCCCACCCCUGCGACUUCCUCAAGCCAGUGUUCCUCUUCAUUCCUUCCACAAAUGACACAAGACAUUAAUGACUUGUCCCCACUUCCACCAUGUAAAGUGAGCACUUCAACACAGACAGAAAACUUCUUCACCAGUGAGCUGUCCUUUUACCGCAGCUUCUGCCAGAAAAACAGAAAGCCUGUGCACUCUGAAGACUUAAAACCUUUGGAUUUGAGCUUACCACUGAGGGUGAGAAAAGACCUCUGUUUGUCAGUGAAUUUGUCAGCGAUCCACAUUAGAGAUGAAGAAGAGACUCUUCAUGACCAGAAACCGUCUUUGCUAGCUGGUAAAAUGAAAGAUAAGAGAGGUGUGGGUGUGUCUGGUUCUCCACCGAUAAAAGACGAUGAAGUAAAGAAGGAUUCUUCUGGUCAAAGUAAAAGAACUCCGAGCCCACAGUCAGAUGCUGACCUCAAGUCUGCAGACACGACGACCUCCAGCGAGGAUGACCACCACUACCACUGUGGCAGGAGAGACCCCAUCCAGGUGGUGAAAGGAAUCCAGAUGAAACUAAACAAACCCUUCUUUUUCAAGACGAAAGGAGAGGGACGGUCGCCUCGACCGGAGUCACCACUGAUGAAGCUCUCUCAGGACAUUCAAGUUAAGAAGCGCCGCUGAGGAUCACCAGGAGGUGUAUGAAGGUGUCUGGAUCACAACCUGCAUUUAGUGGCUGCCACAAUCAUACUUUCUCAGCCAGAUGCAUUAUAACAUCUGGAACACGUUCAGUAUUCCUGUAGCUUGAGUUUAAGAGCUGUUUUUGUCGAUGGCAUUGAAGAGUUCAGUUUUUAAAGACAGGUUCGAUGUUGAUGGGAUAUUUUAGUUGUUUUUCAAAGCGGGGUAGUACCUGUGAGUAGUUAGUUCUGCCUGACAUGGAGUACUCAAAUACUACACACACCACUUAAAAAUCUGCCCCUAAUAAAAAUUGUAUUAUAGUUGUUAAACACAUAAAAGAAAAAAAAAAACUGCCUUUGGAAUAAUUUUCAUGUAAACUGGUUUUCAAGUUGGUCAUUAAGUUUGAAGUAUACAGAAGUUUGAGACUGUUCCUCUUAAUUAUUUUCAUUUUUUUUAUUUCACAAAACUGACAUCAAAUUGUUCAUGGCUUUGUUCUGUGAAAAUGGUCUUAUCAAUUAAAGGUUAUUUAUUUAUUUACAUUUCUACAUUGUUUGGAAGUCUAAGAAUGAUCAUUUCUGGAUUACCCAAAUAUUCAUUUAAGGUUCAUU